AACGUGGUCGAGCACCGGCACGGACAACAUGACACUUCUGAGCGCAGUUUUCAUCCUAACAGUGGCAGCUGGUACACUGGCUCAGUACCAGGAGCCAGGGUACAAAGGAGGAACCAGCUUCAGCUCUCUAACAACCACGGGCCACAGCAGUGUCCACCACAACGUCCAUCCCAAGACAGAGUACAAGGCGGGAUACAACGGUGGUCCUGGCUACGGCAAGGGUCCAAGCUACAGCAGUGGGCCUAGCUACAGCAGCGGACUCAGCUACAGCAAUGGGCCUAGCUAUAGCAGUGGGCCUAGCUACAACAGUGGGCCUAGCUACAGCAGUGGACCCAGCUACAGCAGCGGACCCAGCUACAGCGCUGGGCCUAGCUACAGCAGUGGACCCAGCUACAGCAGCGGACCCAGCUACAGCAGUGGACCCAGCUACAGCAGCGGACCCAGCUACAGUGGACCGAGCAAACCCAGCUACAGCUCUAGCUCACAGGGAUACGCUCCUAGCAAGCCCGCAUACAGCUCCCCCAGUUACAGCGCUCCCAGUUACAACUCCCCGGCGCCUGCCUACAAACCAUCCUACAAUAGCCCAGCUCCUAGCUACGGUGGACAAGGAGGAUACAAGGAGGAGCCUUACGACUCCCAUCCCAAGUACGUCUUCGAGUACGAGGUCAACGACCCCCACACCUAUGACAUCAAGAGCCAGAAGGAGGAGCGCGACGGAGACUACGUCAAGGGAUACUACAGCUUGGUGGAGCCUGACGGUGGUAAGAGGACUGUCGACUACUCCGCUGAUUCGUACGGAUUUGUCGCUCAAGUCCACAAAGAACCUGGUAAGGGAGGGUAUUCUGCUCCAUACUCCGCACCUAAGCCAUACUCACCUUCUCCCUCUUAUUCUUCUGGCCCGUCUUACUCCUCCGGCCCCUCUUACUCCUCUGGACCUUCUUACUCCUCUGGACCUUCUUACUCCUCUGGGCCUUCUUACUCCUCUGCACCUUCUUACUCCUCUGCACCUUCUUACUCAUCUGGUCCUUCCUACUCUUCUGGUCCAUCUUACUCCUCUGCUUCAUCCCACUCUUCAAGCUCUUACUCCUCAGGAGCAUCAUACUCUUCCAAGCCAGCCUACUCCCCCGCGCCUGCCUACAAAUCUCCAGCCCCUGCUCCUGCCUACCAUUCCCCAGCACCAGCUCCUGCUUAUUCUGCCACUCCUGCUUAUUCUGCCGCUCCUGCUUAUUCUGCCACCCCUGCUUAUUCUGCCGCCCCAUCUUAUCCAUCUCCAUCAUACUCUUCUCCUAAGUCCUACUCUGGAUCGGGCUACUCCAGAACAUCAGUCACAGCCCCCCACUAUUCUUACUCUUACUAAGUUUUCAUUUUUGCACAAGACUAAUAUGAUGAUGACGCUUUGCUCAAAUGACUUAUAGUUUGUAAAUAUUUUUAUAUGUUGUAUAGUACAAAUAAACGUUACCUUUGUGUUA